AAUUGCUGGCCAGGACAUCAGGAGAAAGAAACUCCCUUCUCUUUCCCAAGAGACAGAUAGGAGCUUGGUUCUCUCUUUUAACCAUUACAUUCUGAAAAGAGAAAGGGCAGGAGACAAGUACACCAGUAGGAGGAGAAAAUAGCUUUGCUCAGUAUCAGGGGAGGUUAUUGUGAGUCAGUAGCAGGAGGAGAAGUGGUGAGGAGACAUAGUUAACUUUCAGAAAAUAUAUUUUAGUAUUGAAUAAGGCGAGAUAUUAAUUCGCAUAUAUAUGUGUGCAAUACAUAAAAGUCUGCUGACCAGACAGAGGAACAGAAUAAUAAUUACAAAAAGACAUUGACCGACACUAUCACUGCUCUGCUGAAAUGUCCAGCACCUCUCCAGGCAGACAGCAACGCAAGGAGCAAAUUCAGAAAGGACUGCACUUUAUCCAAUCUCCAUUAUCUUAUCCCGGAAGCCAAGAUGAAUAUAAGGCUUUUCUACAUCAGCUUGUCAAAAACCUACUGGAAGAAGGCAAUGCUCUGUACCGAGAGUGGGAGUACAAGGCAGCUUUGGCACAGUAUGUGGAGGCAUUGAACGUAGCAGAUUAUGCAGAAUCAGACGGGGUUAUCAUUUCACAGCACUUACUGGAGAAUCUAUAUGUUAAUCGAGCUGCCUGUUACUUCUUUAUGAGUGCAUAUGAGAAAGCGCUGGAGGAUUGUGAACACACCCUGAAGCUCAAUGAGAAUAACUACCGAGCGCUUUAUCGCAAAACCAGGGCCCUGAAUGAGAUGGGGAAACAUAAGGAAGCUUACGACUGUAUCGCAAAGUGCUCACUCGCCGUCCCCCAGGAUGAGAAUGUAGUGAAAUUGACUCAAGAACUUGCACAGAGGUUGGGGCUGAGGAUCCGUAAGGCGUACAUCAGAGCUCAGCAUGAUUUGGAUACAGUGGGUCUGGCUUCCACCGCCACCAGUCAGCUCUCUAUGAAUGGCAUCGGCAAUAUAGAUGAUAUUGAAUCAGACUCUCCCUUGGAUAUUCCGUGUGUUGCUGCCCCAACUGCCACCUCAACCCCAGCCAGCGAGCCUUCCAUCUCCAUGUCCGGCUCCAUCUGCAUCCAAGAGUCACCAUCCCCACCUCCUGCCUCCCUGGAGCCACCCACAGCUGGUGAUGGGGUGUCUCUCUCUGUGCCAGAGUCCACCGAGGAGUUCACAGAUGGAGAGAUCAUUGGGGAGGAUAUCGAUACCCUUCUGGAUUCAAUACAGGAUUAUCCAAUGUCUUCAGCACCAGGACCCAUACCAACUAACGUACCCGCCAACGUGUCGAGGCUGCCCUCAGUCUUUCCUGUGGGGACUCCCUUACUACCCCCAGCAGUCAAGGGCAGCACAGUCCCAACCGUCGUCACCCUCCCGUUGGUGUAUUCCAUGCAACCCACUCAGAAAAUGGACACUCUUGAUAGCAUUGGCCCAAACAAGUCUGUGAACAGCCUCGAUACCUUGGACCUCUUUGUUGGGCCGGAUAGCCAGGCUGCGCCCAGGCUUCUGACUCCAAGCAACUCUAACAGCAGUCACAGCACACCAGGGAGCUUUUCCUUGGGUAGACACGUGACCAACACUCCCCCAUCAGUCGGACUCUCCUCAGGCAAGUGGGAUACAGCAAGCUUGUUGCAUGUAGCCCUGCGAGGAGCCCCUGGGUGGGUAGUGCCACCCCUGACCAAGAACCCACUUGUUGAGACCCACGACUUACGUCAGGCUUGCAACAUGUGCUUCAUUAAAUCAGGUUCCAAGGCCUUCGAUUACACUUAUAACCCUGAACUGGAUCAUAAGUGUAAGAACGAUCUGCUGAUUGGGAGGCUCAAGGUCUCAGCAGACCCUCGAUGGAAGAAAAUCCGACCCCGACCCACAAAGAAUAAUUAUGCAGGCCCGUACUACAUAUGUAAAGACAUAGCCAGUAAAGAGGAUUGCAAGUACGGGGAUAACUGCACGUUCGCCUACUGCCCCGAGGAAAUCGACGUCUGGACGCUGGAGAGGAAAGGAGCCAUUAACCGCGAGCUGCUCUUCGAUCCACUAGGGGGCAGCACCAGGAGCAGCCUCACGGUGGCUAAAAUCCUUAAGGAUCACCUUGGCCUCUUCAUCUUUCUGUGUGAAGAAUGUUUUGACAGCAAGCCCAGGCUGAUAAGCCAGAGGAACAAAGCGAGCCCAGCAGUCUGCUCCAAUCUGGAAACCAGCCACAAAUUUGACACGAAUAAGUGUAUGGUUCACAUGCUGAGAACGACGACGGUGAAUUACUGCAAGAUUCGUCAGUUCAAGGAUUACUGUCAGUUUGACGUGUGCCGCCAUGAGGUGCGGUACGGGUGUCUGCGGGAAGACAGCUGUAACUUCGCUCACAGCCUGGUCGAGCUCAAGGUCUGGGUCUUGCAGCAAAACUCAGCGAUCUCGCACGAGGAGAUUGUCCAGGAGGGAAAGCAGUACUGGCAGAGCCUGGAAGCCAGCAGAGCACAGGUCUCACCGAGCAUUGGAAAAUCCCCCUCUCUGGACAUGAAGAUGAAGUUUGUGUGCGGCCAAUGCUGGAGGAACGGGCAGGUCAUCGAACCCGACAAGACCCUCAAGUACUGCAGCGCCAAAGCACGACACGGAUGGACCAAGGAGCGCCGGGUGCUGCUGGUGAUGUCAAACGAGCGAAAGAAAUGGGUUUCCAUCCGGCCUCUCCCUCCCUGUAAGAGUCAGCCCCAGCAGUAUGAUUUGUGUUUGCACGUCACCAAUGGGAAGAAGUGCCAAUAUAUUGGGAACUGUUCGUUUGCACACAGCAUUGAGGAACGCGAGGUCUGGACGUACAUGAAGGAGAACAACAUGCAUGACAUGCAGCAGAUGCACGACAUGUGGCUAAAAAAUCAGAAUCCGAUGAAGACGGGGGAGGCGACGGUUCUUACCACCAGACAGACCGAGAAGCAGAUCCACAUGCCGACUGACUACGCAGAACCCGGGAUGGGUUAUCACUGCUGGCUUUGUGGGAAGAACAGCAACAGUGAACAGUGGAAGAAGCACAUCACUUCCGAGAAGCACAAGGAAAAAGUCUUCAACUCCGAGGACGACCAGAACUGCUGGCAAUAUCGCUUCCCCAUGGGCGAGUUCAAAUUGUGUGAGAGGUCAGUGAAGAACAAGCCUUGCUCAGACGGAGAGGCCUGCCCAUUUGCCCACUGCCAGGCGGAGUUGGACGAGUGGUUGGGACGCAAGGAUCUCUUGCAGAUGAAGUUAGCUAAAGCAGCCAAAGACAAGCUGAUCGCCACCAACGACAGCGACUUUGGCAAAUACACCUUUCUGAUGAAAGAUUUAAAUUAACGUAUACGUUCGGGUUCAGUUCAUUCAUUCUGGCUGCAACCUUUUAAGACGACCUUAUAUAUAAGGAGAGCGAGCGAGAGAGAGAAAGAGAGAACUAAUCAAACAUGUCAUAAGACGGAGAGGAGGUGAUCUCGCUCAUCGCCUUCAAGUCUCGAGGCUUCUUUACGGGAUGUUGAUCACAUCCAUCCGAGGACAAAAUGAGUGUUACUAGCGGAACAGUUCCUGAGAGAGAGAGAGAGAGAGAGAGGGAGAAAGAUCCAGGUAUUUCUGAUAGAUGUAUAUCAUAAGAAGGUACUUAAUUGAGAAUGCUGGUUAUAGAGUAUUAUGUGGCUCAGAGGGUAAGGGCAUUGUCCAGGGCAACACUGGCCUUAAGGACCAUGGAUUAGAUUCCUCCUGUACUAAGAUCAGCCAGGGUAGCAUUAAUAUGCAGCUACAAUUGACCUCAGCAACCCCAUCCUAGCACCCAACUCACUGACAGGCAUCCCACAUUAAUAGCUGCCACUUAGGUGAGGUACAGGAGAGCUCCCACUUCAGCAGAAGGGAGAAAGUGGUCAGACAAGACAUUGAACGCCCAAUUCCUCUAUCCAGUGAUUCAUACCCAAUGAUAUGAACCCAAGGUGAUUCUGUCGCCGUUAGUUUUGAAAUCAUGGGGUUUGUUCUGCUGACUGUUACAGUAGAAUAUCAUUGAGAUACGCACACCUCUAAUAUAUAUUAUUAUUAUUAUUAUAAGACUAUGCUCUGGUUUGGUCUAGAUAUUGAUGAGAUGGGGAAUAGAUGUAAAGGGAAACUGUCUUAAACGUACAUUUAAAGAAAAUAUAUUAAGUGAGAGCGGAACGAUUGGAAUUGUUUGAGGUGUUGGACGCAUGUCUGCUUGAGUUGAAUAACAUGGAGGAAGAAGCUUUACUGUGAAUGUUACCUGUGCUGGGUUGGACAGUAAAGAGAUGGCUUUAAUCUACAUCUAACCUCUGUCAAAGCAGGGCGGUGCACAGGCAAGCUUUAUCUAACCCAUCCCAUCUCACAUACUGCUUAUAUAUAUCAGAAACUGUAAAGUUAAAGUAACAACUGCACUGGAUAGUUAUUUGAACAAACAGUGGAUAUGUUUGCACUGGAUAUCCCUCAACUCCCCCACCCCCGUAACUCGGUAAUUAUUUCAACUUUACAUUUAUACAGGAGCUUUCCUGUCGGGAGGACGUCUCAAAACACUUCUCAGAGCCUGGCCAGGGUGUGAGAGAACUGAGGAGGGUUGGGGAAAAGAAAGAAAGAAAAGAAAGUUUUAAGACUGGUUUUAAUAGUUGGGUGCAGGGGGGAGGCAGAGGGAUGAGGUGGAGGGACUCCAGGAAUUGGGGUUCCAGAGAGAGUGGGGGCAGAAAGUCUGAAAGCCAGUCCCCCUCCCUCCUGUCCUUUCCUGGGAUGGGGAAGACACACAGAUUAGAUUAAACACUUGCAUCUUUUGACUUUAAGAGAGCUGUAUUGUUUUAAUUGAUAAAUGUGGUUCAGUGAAUUUUCCUUUCUGCUGCAACCAUUUUUUUAAGAAAAAAAAGUUCCUCAAGCGAAAGCGGUCGAACGCUUAUCAUAUUAUGAAAGUAAUAAAUAACUUGUUGGAUUCAGUUCCACUACUAUUUCUAUAUAAAAAAUAUUAUAACGCAGUCAAUGGAGCCGGUCUUGCGAAGGUGUUCAUGAUUAUGCAAUGAUUUGAUAUGUCUUAUGUAGUUUAAGAGGCAUGUGCAAUGGUUAAUGUUCUUUUUGUCUAUCAAUGAGUUGAACAAACAGCAGACGGCGAUAUUAUAGAUAAAUACUGUGCACUUGCUUUCAAGCACUGUUAAUUAAUGCAAAUCGCUAUAUCAAAAGCAAGGAUUAUUAUUAUUAUUUUUAUGCUUCACCCCGUGAUAAGGGAGUUCAACCACCACAAUCUCGGCCUCUGAACUCGCUGAUCUCAGCCACUUGCAAGAGGCGGAAGGUAUCACAAUAAGUAACAACUCUUGGGGUAGAGAGAGGCAAAGCACAAGGUUUAAGAAUGGAACAAUUUUUCCCCUUCCCUCCGUCGCUCGCUUUGAGAUGUCUCAACGACGUGUUAAGGCACUAUAUCAAAUACAAGUAUUAUUAUUAUAAAUGCACAUUUAUGUAGCACCUUUCACGUCAGGAGGACGUCCCAAGGUGCUUUUAAGUUUCUUUUCAAAAACUUAUCAAUACACCCAGGUAGAAUUUCUCUCCUGUGACUGGAAUGGGGGCGGGGGGUGGAGGGGGGAGGAAAAGAGACCGAGAUGGAGGGCGCGAGAGGGGGGUCUAGCAGCCCAAAACAGUGCAGUCUUCAGGUGGCCUCUGUUAUUAAUGUGAAAUGUGGAGUUGAAGUUUUAAUUCAAUUUGCAAUGAACACUUACCAGAUCAGACCAUUUUGAGUGAUGCAUUUGUGUGUCUGAGGUGGGGAAGGUGGAGAAAUGAGAGCAAGGCUGAAAGUAGAAAGAAAUCAAGUUAUUGAUUCCUCGCCAAACUCUGGGGAGGGUUUGAAUAUCAGCUGCAUGUAACCCUGCUUAUAAUUCAGGUGAAUGUUUGUGUAUAAAAUAAAUAAAAUACUGUACUUUCCUUACAAGCAGAAAUAAUGUGUGUCAGAACCAUUUUACACCUAUAUUAAGGGGUACAGGUUAGGGAGUGUUAAUGCUGUCUCCUGUACUCUGUCUUUUAAUAAUACUAAUUGUCUACUACUGUUUUACUUCAUGCCGGGAGCCAGUGUAUGAGCAUUGUAUUUGGGGUGGGGUCUUUGUAAUAAUAAUAAUAAAAAUAAUAAUAACUUG